GGUCCUUCAUUCUUGCCCUCUGAAGCCAGAUCGAUCUUAUCAUCCCUAUUGUGUUUCUGUGCCUGCCCAAUAUUUUAUCAUCCGUCCUGGCAUAUGCCACUCACUGUCUUGCUCUUUGCUUCUCUCGAAUUCAACAACAAUACUCAACUUAAAAAUGACGACUUCCGGUCCACUGACGGAGUUCCCGGCCCCGGGCCUUCGAACUCCAUUUCGUUACAUCACUGGCCAUAACGAAAAAGGCGAUGUGGACUUCUUGCAGACGGACCACGGCGACCACCUGGCUGUUAUGCUGGGCGGUGCUGCGGCCCAGAGCAUCAUGUAUAGCGCUCCGAGCAACCCGAUCCAACUGACCGACAACGCGGAUCUUAAAUUUGCAGCCAAAAAUAGGCCGGCCGUCCACGUCCCCAAGGGAGUCUGCGUGCGGAUGAUUGACUUCGCGCCGGGCACCGAGUCGAACCUGCACCGCGCGCUGACUCUGGGUGUCGGGACGGUGUGCGAGGGCGAGAUCGAGCUGACGCUGAGCGAUGACCGGAGCCACAACCGGAUCCUGCGCCCGGGAGACGUAUGCAUCAACCGGUGCGCGAUGCACCGCUGGCGCAACACGUCUCCCGACAAGCCGGCGCGCAUGCUCUUCGUCAUGCUGGACGUGGAGCCCGUCAUCGUCAACGACAAGGUCCUCGACUUCGACAUGGGGUACCUGAUGAAGGAGUAUGCCAAGUAUGACGAGGGCCCGGGCAAGGAGGCUUAG